UUACUCGCUGCGAACUGCGGCGAUAAAUUGUUUUAUAAAAAGUACUGACUAUAUAAUUUUUAUAGAUGUACUUUAUUUUAAAACAGCUUCUUUAAAUAUAACACUUCUAGAGCUGUUUUUGGACUUGAACAUAAGAAUAAUUAAGAGUACAGUGAAAGAACUGGGUGCCAAAUUAUUUCAUAGAUCUAUUUAUAAAUUUAUUCCUUGUUCAAAUAAUUACAUGCUUCAUAUUUUUAUGAGUUAGAUAACACUUGAUAACGGACGAUAAAAAAAACAUCAGAAAAUUUGGUUGUAAUAUUAAAUCUUAUUUUGGAAAUAUAAAACUGUGUAAAAAAUAUCUAACUACAUAACGAGUCAGAAUUUUAUUUUUAAAUAAAGAUGGUAAAGGCUAUUGCUAUUAUCACUGUAAGUGACAGUUGUUUUAAAGAUAAUUCAAAAGACAAAUCAGGGCCAGCACUGUUUGAUUUCAUAACAGAAAAGUUUCCAGAAGCUAAUGUACAUACCAUUAUUGUGCCUGACGAAAAAGAAAUUAUUGAACGUGAACUUAAAUAUUUCUGUAAUUCAAAUAUUGAUCUUAUCCUCACUACUGGAGGCACUGGUUUAAGUCCUAGAGAUGUUACUCCAGAAGCAACAAAAGCUGUUAUUCAACGAGAAGUUCCAGCAAUUACAACAGCAAUGACAAUUGAAAGUUUGAAAAAGACACCAAUGGCAAUGUUGUCCCGAGCUGUAGCUGGCAUAAAGGAUAGAACACUCAUAAUUAACUUCCCGGGUAGUGAAAAAGCCGUAACUGAGUGCAUUCAUGUUGUUAAAGGUGUAUUGUGUCAUGCCAUUUCUUUAAUAAAUAAUGAAUUGGGUGAAGUAAGAUCUAUUCAUGACAAGAUGCAAGUUGAUCAUCUCUGUCCCCAUAAAAUGAAUAGUAAAGUGGAUAUAUCCAAAGUGGCCCUAAGGCCUCGUGAGUCACCAUAUCCAAUGCUGGAAAUGUCGGAAGCCUUUAAUAUUGUUGAUGCUGUAAUGCUGCAAUGGGAAGAGCGUGUUGAAGAUAUUCCUAUUGAAAAUACUUUGGGUAGAGUUGUAGCACAAGAUAUUAUAGCUAAAGAGCCAAUGCCUCCAUUUCCAGCGUCUGUUAAAGAUGGUUAUGCUUGCCUUAGUUUGGAUGGAGCUGGUAUACGUAAAGUUCGUGCAGCCAUCACAGCAGGCGAGAAUAACUUUACCCGACUCGGUCCUGGUGAAUGUGCAAGAGUUAACACUGGAGCUCCCUUACCGCUUGGGGCUGAUUGUGUAGUACAGGUGGAAGACACAAAACUUAUUACGGCAUCAAAGGACAACCAGACGGAGAUAGAAAUUGAAGUAUUAGUAGCGCCACAGGCUCAUCAGGAUGUUCGUGCUAUCGGCUUCGAUAUUCCUAUCGGGUCUCUGCUCGCUGAAAAAGGAGAUGUCAUUGAUGCGGCACAAAUUGGUAUGUUGGCUGGAGCUGGUUAUCAGAGUAUUCCAAUAUUAGCAGUUCCCAAGGUGGCAAUAAUGUCCACCGGUAAUGAGUUGCAAGAACCUUCGGAGAAGAUACUUCGACCUUCUCAUAUAAGGGAUUCCAAUAGAAUUAUGUUAAAAGCAUUGCUCAAAGAGCACGGUUACGAUUGUAUAGACUGCGGUAUAGCCCGCGAUGAUCCGACGGAGCUAGCUGCCGCUAUAGCCCGUGCUCUGCCCCGCACGGACAUACUCGUCUGUACCGGUGGAGUGUCAAUGGGUGAUCGGGACUUGCUCAAGCCUGUGUUAAUUAAUGAUUUUGGUGCGACAAUACAUUUUGGUCGAGUGCGCAUGAAGCCUGGAAAACCGAGCACCUUCGCCUCUUGCCAAUAUGAAGGAAAGCUCAAGUAUAUAUUUGCUCUACCAGGCAACCCCGUGUCGGCGUACGUGUGCUGCCUGCUGCUGGUAGUGCGCGCGCUGCGCGGGUGCACGCGGCACUGCGGGGACUUCGCGCGCCUGUCCGUGCGCCUGUCGCAUGACGUGCCGCUGGACCCGCGCCCCGAGUACGCGCGCGCUGUGCUGCGCUUCCCUGCCGCGUCUGACCUGCCGCACGCCGCACUACUCGGCAACCAGUGUAGCAGUCGGUUGCUGAGUGCGUGUGGAGCCAGCGUGCUGUUGGAGCUGCCACCCGCUUCGGACAGCUUGAAACAGCUCGAUGCUGGCACGACUGUUACCGCUCUGAUCACUGGCAGGAUCGAUCUCACUCGACUUUGAUACAUACAUAAUCUAUAAUGUGUAUUCUCAUAUAAGAACCUCAAUUAAUUUUAUAUUAUUUAGGAUUACGUAUCUCCUUAUGGAACAUUGUUAGUUUUUCCUUUGUUUUCUAGGUGGUGUGUAAUCACAGAAUAUAUAUCUUUUUUAUUAAGGCGUUAAACAUUCAUUUAAGGAUCGAUAGCCGCAAGAAAGCUGGAUUAAAUGUUAGUAUCAUGCUUUUUUAUCGGAGUUUUUAAAUUAUACAUUUCUUCAGUUUUGUUUUUAUACAUAAUAAAUCACCUAACGACUUGUUCAAUAUCAUUCCUUACUUUAUCAUAUCCAUUCUUUCAUUAUUUUAUUCAUGCUAUAAUUUUAUCAGUCCGGAAUCUCCACAGUGAACUUAAGUUUUUGUAACAGAUUAUAUGUAAGCCAAAAGUUUGCUCCAAGGUACAGAUAAAAAAAAUUAUUCAUUUUCUGAAAAACAGGUCAAUAUAAAUGUUUAGAAAGGAAUCUAGCAAUUAUUCUUAAUUGCUUAUUAACUCAACAUCAGUUUCCUUAAUAUAUAGAUAUAUUUCUUACGUUUAAUAGUUUAUCCACUUAUUAAUGGCCAAAAAUAUUUAAAACUAGGGUUUACUUUUGCAUAUCGAUCAAAAUGAAAUAUUGAGUAACUGUUACUUGAACAGUCUUCUAAAAAUUUGACUUCAGAUUUAUCGAAUGUUUAACAAUGGAUCUGUUUAUUUGAUAAUUUUUACAUGUUAUUGGUGAUACCUUUUUGAAUUGAAUUAGAAUGAUGAGUAAGGGUAAUUAAUUAGUUCUUGUUUCUUGCUUAUGAUAGUUACUCAUUGCAAUAAAGAAAAUAUGAAUGUAUCAUAUAGAUUAUACAUUAAUAUAUACACAAACAUGUAAUGUUUUUGAAUAUUAAAAAUAAUUAUUGUUAUAGUCUGUGUUAAAACACAUCAAAGAUCUAUCUUAGCUUUUAGUACGUAGAUUAUAAAACUUAAAGGGCACAUAUCAUUAAUAUGAAUGUUAAACUAUAUUUACGUUAUUAAAAAAAAGUUAAAAUUAAAUAGUUCUUUUAUUUACAAAAUUCUCUAUGGUUACUGUUAUAGUUGGCACAUGUUUAAAAACAGU